GUUGAGCAUCCUCAAAGAUCAAAAAAGGCAGUAUGGCAUAAACUCUUGUCCAAACAGAGAAAAAGAGCUGUGGUGGCUUGCUUCAGAAUGGCGCCACUAUAUAAUCUUCCACGGCAUCGAGCUGUCAAUCUUUUUCUUCAGGGAUAUGAUAAAUCCUGGGUGGAAACAGAAGACCAUUAUUUUGAAGAUACGUUGAUAGAAGACUUAGCAAAACCUGGAGCAGAACCAACAGAAGAAGAUGAAUGCAUUAAGCGAGUUGAUCCUUUGCAUCAACUUAUUUUACUAUUCAGUCGAACAGCUUUAACUGAAAAAUGUAAAUUGGACGAAGAUUACUUGUAUAUGGCAUAUGCUGAUAUUAUGGCAAAGAGCUGCCAUGAUGAAGAAGAUAACAAUGAUGGUGAAGAGGAAGUGAAGAGCUUUGAAGUCACAGGAUCUCAACGCAGCAAGUGUUCUAAUGUUACCUGGCAUCUUGUUAUGAUACUUAUUGGGAUUGACUUUUCCACAGGAGAAAAGGUGAUGCAGGAUGAUGAAUUUACCUGUGACCUCUUCCGGUUCCUUCAGUUGCUUUGUGAAGGUCAUAAUUCAGGUUUUCAGAAUUACUUGAGAACUCAGACUGGUAAUAAUACAACUGUCAACAUUAUCAUAUCAACUGUGGAUUAUUUAUUGAGAGUUCAGGAAUCAAUUAGUGAUUUCUAUUGGUAUUAUUCUGGAAAGGAAGUUAUUGAUGAACAAGGACAACGUAAUUUCUCUAAAGCGAUUCAAGUUGCAAAGCAGGUCUUCAAUACUCUUACAGAAUAUAUUCAGGGUCCAUGUACAGGUAAUCAACAGAGUCUUGCACACAGCAGGCUUUGGGAUGCUGUGGUUGGUUUUCUUCAUGUCUUUGCCCACAUGCAGAUGAAGCUCUCUCAGGAUUCUAGUCAAAUUGAAUUACUGAAAGAAUUAAUGGACCUUCAGAAAGAUAUGGUGGUCAUGCUGCUAUCUAUGUUGGAAGGUAAUGUUGUGAAUGGAACAAUCGGCAAGCAAAUGGUUGACAUGCUGGUGGAAUCGUUCAACAAUGUAGAAAUGAUUCUAAAAUUUUUUGAUAUGUUUCUAAAACUGAAGGAUUUAACUUUCUCUGAUGCAUUCAAAGAAUAUGAUCCAGAUGGUAAGGGCAUUAUUUCCAAGAGAGAUUUCCACAAAGCGAUGGAGAGCCACAAACAUUAUACUCAAUCGGAAACUGAGUUUCUGCUCUCCUGUGCUGAAACAGAUGAGAAUGAAACUUUGGACUAUGAGGAAUUUGUGAAACGAUUUCAUGAGCCAGCUAAAGACAUUGGCUUCAAUGUUGCUGUUUUGCUGACAAACCUGUCAGAGCACAUGCCCCAUGAUACGCGACUCCAAACUUUCCUUGAGUUGGCAAACAGUGUUCUCAACUACUUCCAGCCCUUUUUAGGACGCAUAGAAAUAAUGGGCAGCGCAAAGCGCAUUGAACGAGUUUACUUUGAGAUCAGUGAAUCAAGUCGGACGCAGUGGGAGAAACCUCAGGUUAAAGAGUCAAAGAGGCAGUUUAUUUUCGAUGUGGUAAACGAAGGUGGGGAAAAGGAAAAAAUGGAACUUUUCGUUAAUUUUUGUGAAGAUACCAUCUUUGAAAUGCAGUUGGCUGCUCAGAUCUCAGAAUCAGAUCUGAACGAGCGGUCUAUGAACAAAGAAGAAAAUGAAAAUGACAAGCUGGAAGAGCAAGACCCCCGAAUAGGGUUCUUCUCUCUAGUGACCAUCACAUCAGCAUUAAUAGCCCUCAGGCAUAACAUAAUGACUCUGAUGAAAAUGUUAAGCAUGAAAAGUAUAAAGAAGCAAAUGAAGAAGAUGAAAAAAAUGACCAUGAAGGACAUGGUCAUGGCUUUGUUUUCUUCCUACUGGACCAUUUUAAUGGGUUUCAUGCAUUUUUUAUCAAGUGUCUUCAGAGGCUUCUUUCAAAUCAUGUACAGCUUGCUGCUUGGAGGGAGCCUGGUUGAAGGAGCCAAGAAAAUUAAAGUAGCCGAACUUUUAGCUAACAUGCCUGAUCCUACUCAGGAUGAGGUCCGUGGCGAUGGAGAAGAAGUAGAAAGGAAGCCAGCUGAAGCUGCUUUGCCUGCAGAAGACCUGACUGAUCUGAAAGCUCUAUCAGAAGAUAGUGACCUCCUCUCAGAUAUUUUUGGCUUAGAUUUAAAACGAGAAGGAGGACAGUAUAAACUAAUUCCACAUAAUCCAAAUGCAGGCUUGAGCGAUUUGUUGAGCAGUCCUUCUUUACCUCCUUUACCUGAUGUGCAAGAAAAAGUGCAGGUACAAAUACUGUUUUUAUUUAUCUGUCUUGUUUAA